UGGGAUCAAUGACCUAACCUAACUAACCUAACCUAUUUUUGUUUUUUUGACAUCAACAAAUUGAUAUAUAGUGAAAUAAAUCAAAAUAUAAGUGAAUUUUUAUUUUUAUUGACAAUAUGUUACCAGUAAGGACUUUAAAAAAAGUUUCUAAUUUAAUAAAACUUAAUAAUGUACAAAAAGUAUAUGCAAGGAAUCUUAUACCAAUGGUUGUUGAACAAACAGGACGUGGAGAACGUGCUUAUGAUAUUUAUUCCCGUCUCCUGAAGGAAAGAAUAAUAUGUCUCAUGGGACCGAUUACAGACGAUUUGUCAUCAUUAGUUAUUGCUCAAUUACUAUUUCUUCAAUCGGACAGUACUAAAAAGCCAAUUCAUAUGUAUAUUAAUUCACCUGGUGGUGCAGUAACUGCUGGACUUGGAAUUUACGAUACAAUGCAAUAUGUUCUUCCUCCUGUGGCAACAUGGUGUGUUGGUCAAGCAUGUUCAAUGGCAAGUUUACUUUUAGCUGCUGGUACUCCUGGUAUGAGACAUGCACUUCCAAAUGCAAGAAUAAUGAUACAUCAACCAUCAGGAGGCUUUCGAGGACAAGCAACAGACAUUCAAAUUCAAGCCGAGGAAAUAAUUAAAUUAAAAGGCGUACUCAAUGGAAUUUACGCGAGACACACUGGUCUUGAUAUAAUUACAAUUCAAAAUAGUAUGGAGCGAGAUAAAUAUAUGUCACCAGCAGAGGCCAAAGAAUUCGGUUUAAUCGAUGAUAUUUUAAAACAUCCACUUCCGGAAACAGGAAGUCCUCUUCCAGAACAAACAUCAAAUUCGCCAGUCUUGGAAAAAUCGGCAGCAAAUACCACGUAACUAUAUCAACAUACUCUAGGAAAGAUUCUAUUUAUAUAAAUAAAUAUGUAUAUUAUAUUUACAAAAAAAGGAAGAAAUUGUUCGUGAUAUAUUGUAAAUUUUUUUUUUUUUAUUAAUAAUAUUGAAAAUAAACAUCGUUAUAUAAAAUGAA